ACCCUGCCAGACGGGAGUCCCGGAGGAUUUAAUUCAUGAGGAAGUCCCGGUAACCCAGGAUACUGAGUACACAGGGCUGGCAGGCGCAGGCCGGGGUCUGCAGUUCAGCACAGUGGGCCGCUGACAUGAGUAUGGAAUGAAGGGUUUUCUCUGGCAAAGAUUCCGUUUGCCUAUUUCUCAGUGUUAUGUGGGUCAUGGAGCCAGUCCACUUCCUCUGGGCACUGCUGUUUAUGCAGUCCUUAUGGCCGCUACUGACUGAUGGGGCAACUCGAGUCUACUACCUGGGCAUCCGGGAUGUGUACUGGAACUAUGCUCCCAAGGGAAGGAAUGUCAUCACAAACCAGCCUCUGGAAAGUGACACAGUGGCUUCUAGCUUUCUAAAGUCUGACAAGAACCGGAUAGGAAGCAACUAUAAGAAGACCAUCUAUAAGGAAUACAGAGACAACACAUAUACUGAAGAAGUGGCCCAGCCUGCCUGGUUGGGCUUCCUGGGGCCUGUGUUACAGGCUGAGGUGGGAGAUGUCAUUCUCGUUCAUCUGAAAAAUUUUGCCACUCGUCCCUAUACCAUUCAUCCUCAUGGUGUUUUCUAUGAGAAGGACUCAGAAGGAUCCCUAUAUCCAGAUGGCUCUUCUGGACACUUGAAAGCUGAUGAUUCUGUUCCCCCGGGAGGCAUCCAUAUCUAUAAUUGGACUGUUCCAGAAGGCCACGCACCUACUAGUGCUGACCCAGCGUGCCUCACCUGGAUCUACCAUUCUCAUGUAGAUGCUCCACGAGACAUUGCCACUGGUCUCAUUGGACCCCUCAUCACCUGUAAAAGAGGAACCUUGAAUGGAAACUUUCCUCCUCGGCGACAAGAUGUGGACCAUAAUUUCUUUCUGCUCUUCAGUGUGGUAGAUGAGAACCUUAGCUGGCAUCUUGAUGAGAAUAUAGUUACUUACUGCAAAGAUCCUGCCUCAGUGGACAAAGAAGAUGAAGCCUUUCAGGAAAGCAACAGAAUGCAUGCAAUCAAUGGCUUUGUCUUUGGGAACUUACCAGAGCUGAGUAUGUGUUCACAGAAGCAUGUAGCCUGGCACUUGUUUGGAAUGGGCAAUGAAGUGGAUGUCCACACAGCUUUUUUCCAUGGACAGAUGCUGACUACUCGUGGUCACCGCACAGAUGUGGCCCACAUCUUUCCCGCCACCUUUGUGACAGCUGAGAUGGUGCCCCAGGAGCCUGGCACUUGGCUAAUUAGUUGUCAAGUGAACAGUCACUUUCAAAGUGGUAUGCAGGCACUCUACAAAGUCACAUCUUGCUCCACAGCCCCUCCUGUGGGCCACCUCACAGGCAAAGUUCGGAAGUAUUUCAUUCAGGCUAAUGAGUUUCAAUGGGACUAUGGCCCUAUGGGGCAUGAUGGGAGUACUGGAAAGAGUUUGAGAGAGCCAGGAAGUGGCUCAGAUAAAUUCUUCCAGAAGAACUCUACCCGGAUUGGAGGUAGUUACUGGAAAGUUCGAUAUGAAGCUUUUCAGGAUGGAUCAUUCACUAACAAAGUGCAACUGGAAGAAGAUAAAUAUCUUGGAAUCCUGGGGCCAGUGAUCCGGGCUGAGGUGGGUGACACCAUUCUAGUGGAUUUCCACAACCGAGCCUCACAGCCAUUCAGCUUGCAGCCCCAUGGGGUUUUUUACACAAAAGACAACGAGGGUACAGUAUACAAUAAUGGCUCAUCCCCCUCAGGCUUGGUGGCCAAGCCCUUUGAGAGAGUAACAUAUAACUGGACAGUCCCCCCUCAUGCUGGUCCCACUGCUCAGGAUCCUGCCUGUCUCACCUGGAUGUACUUCUCAGCUGUGGAUCCUAUAAGAGAUACAAAUUCUGGCCUCGUGGGCCCCCUGCUGGUGUGCAAGGCUGGCGCCUUGGGUGCAGAUGGCAAGCAGAAAGGGGUGGAUAGAGAAUUCUUUCUUCUAUUCACUGUGAUGGAUGAGAAUGAGAGCUGGUACAACAUUAUCAAUCAAGAGGCUGCUAUGUUGGAUUCCUCAUUGCUCUCAUCAGAUGUCAAAGGCUUCCAGGACUCCAAUCGGAUGCAUGCCAUUAACGGGUUUCUGUUCUCUAACCUGCCCAGGCUGGACAUGUGCAAGGGUGACACGGUGGCCUGGCACCUGCUUGGCCUGGGCACGGAGACUGACGUGCACGGGGUCAUGUUCCAAGGCAACACUGUGCAACUUCAGGGCAUGAGGAAAGGGGCAGCCAUGCUCUUUCCUCACACAUUUGUCACAGCCAUCAUGCAGCCUGACAACCCUGGGACAUUUGAGAUUUACUGUCAGUCAGGCAACCACAGAGAAGCAGGGAUGAAGGCAAUAUAUAAUGUCUCUCAGUGUUCUGACCGUCAAGCCAGCCCUCGCCAAUACUACCAAGCUUCAAGAAUCUACUACAUCAUGGCAGAAGAGGUGGAGUGGGACUAUUGCCCUGACAGGACCUGGGAACUGGAAUGGCACAACCAGUCUGAGAAGGACAGUUAUGGUCAUGUUUUCCUGAGCAAUAAGGAUGGGCUCUUAGGUUCCAAAUACAAGAAAGCUGUCUUCCGGGAGUACACUGAUGGUACAUUCAAGAACCCUCAGCCAAGAUCUGGAGCAGAGGAGCAUUUGGGAAUCAUGGGUCCACUUAUCAGAGGAGAAGUUGGUGAUAUCCUGACUGUGGUAUUCAAGAACAAUGCCAGUCGUCCCUACUCUGUGCAUGCCCAUGGAGUUCUAGAAUCUAAUACUGGCAGGCUGCAGGCUGCUGAGCCUGGUGAAGUGCUUAUUUACCAGUGGAACGUUCCAGAGAGAUCUGGUCCUGGACCUAACGACUCUGCUUGUGUUUCCUGGAUCUAUUAUUCUUCAGUGGAUCCCAUUAAGGACAUGUAUAGUGGCCUUGUGGGACCCUUGGCCAUCUGCCGAAAGGGCACCCUGGAUCCCCAUGGAGUACGAAGUGAUAUGGAUCAGGAAUUUGCUUUGUUAUUUUUGAUCUUUGAUGAGAACCAGUCGUGGUAUCUGGAGGAGAAUGUGGCAACUUAUGGACCCCAGGAGCCAGGACUUCUUAACCUACAGGACGAGACUUUCUUGGAGAGCAAUAAAAUGCAUGCCAUCAAUGGGAAAGUCUAUGCCAACCUCAAGGGGCUUACCAUGCACCAAGGAGAACAAGUGGCCUGGUAUAUGCUGGCCAUGGGCCAAGAUACUGACAUACACACUGUCCACUUCCAUGCAGAGAGCUUCCUCUAUCGGAAUGGACAGAGUUACCGGGCAGAUGUUGUAGACUUGUUUCCAGGUACCUUUGAAGUCGUGGAGAUGGUUGCCAGCAAUCCUGGGACAUGGCUGAUGCAUUGCCAUGUGACUGACCAUGUCCAUGCUGGCAUGGAGACACUCUUUACUGUCUUGCCUCAAAAAGAACAUGUAGGCACUUUCAGCACCAUCACCAAAGAGACUGAAAAUGCUCUGAUUCUAAGGGACAUUGAAGAUGGCAGUGUGAGAAUGUUGGGCAUGAAGCUCCCUGUAAAGGAUGUCGAGAUUCUGAUUGCUGUUUUGAUUGCCAUGGGUGUCAUCCUCUUGCUAGUUGCUCUGGCUCUAGGUGGCAUGGUCUGGUACCAGCAUCGGCAGAGAAAGCUUCGACGGAACAGGAGGUCCAUCCUGGAUGAUAGCUUCAAGCUUUUGUCUCUUAAACAGUAAUAACUAGAGUCUGGACAUAUCCUCAGGAAGCACAUCUGAACUCCCCAAAUCCCAGGAAGCUGUGGACUAGCAGCUAACUCUACUGUGAAAAGGGCAUAGUUGUUGGAGGGGCAAGGAUGGAAUCAAAAUUAUCUGGGCAUUUCUUCAUUUAUUUAUUUACAUGCUUUUACUUUUCUUUAGUUUCUUUGCUAUACUUAAGUACUUAGGACUAGGUAAAUCCCAUAGUACGCUCCACAAAAAAUUUCAACAGCUAUAAUAAUAUUUUUUAAUUCUUGGAAGGUCUGGAAAUUUCAUAGAAAAGGAUCCUUCUUUAUGAAAUAAACUCAUUAAGUAGGUUUUUCAGCCUUCCAGAAUGGAGGUAAGUUGAACUAAGGUCAUAUGAGCUACAAAGUUAACUCAUAACUAAACUAAGGAUUAUGAAGAAGGAUUAUGAGAAGAUGGAGAAUUGGAGGUAGGGUAGGAAUAGGGAAUACAAAUUAUGAUUUAUUUUCUUUGGCAGUGGACUCUUUUGGAGAAUUGUGUGGAAGGGUUAUUGAUGCCAUAAUUACCUACAACCUGUGGAUCCAGAUAUACUCCAGAAAGCCACUCAUUCAGUACUGUAAACAGGGUGGCAAUGAAGGGAAUUUUGAGUGGCCUCCCCAUGUUUGAGACAGGAAAUUCUUUAUAUUAAAGUUGUUAGAGCUUUUUAGAGCUGGGCCCUGGUGGCUCAUGCCUGUAAUCCUAGGAACUUAUAAAGCUGACAUCUGAGGAUCCCA